CAACUCACAUCUGCCAAAGGGAAACUCAAUAGUAUUAUUAUUAGUGAGAGAAGCCGGAAUUUUUGAAUGCCACUCCAGUAAAUAGUCCUCGUAAUUUUAUUUAAUUACAGUAAAUUCCUAAGACCAUGACUUAAAGGCGUUCUCAUAGGCCCAUAAAACAAGCCCAAAUGGUCUGCGUCUCUUCCUCAUCAUCCCCAAUCUGAAUUGGUAACCUAAAACCCUUUCCACUUUUCCAAAACCCCUUGCCAAAACAAACGGCAAACAGAGAGAAAAACUAAACGAAAAGGAAGAGAAGACAAGGGCAAAAUGGCGGACGUCGUACAGUACAAGCUGGAGCGAAUGCUGAACGAGCUGGACGAUUUAGAGCAGCGUGGUUUGUUUAAUCGGCGGGAGAUAGCCGAGAUUGUGAAGCAGCGCCGGAAGUUCGAGUAUCGGCUGAAGAGGCCGAGUCCGUUAAAAGAAGAUUUCGUGGCUUACAUUGACUACGAGAAGAGGCUGGACGAGUUGCGGCUCCUACGAAAGAAAGCAAUGUUGAAGCAAAGCGGCGGGAAGACCAAGAAUUGGAAGAAAUCGGUGUCGGACUACGCCGGAACAGCGAGAAUCGUUGAUAUUUAUCGGCUGGCUACAACUAGGUUUAAGGGAGAUAUUCAGCUCUGGUUUCAGUAUUUAGAAUUCUGUAGGCAAAAACGCAAUGGGAGAAUGAAAAAGGCACUGGCCCAAGUUAUUAGAUUUCACCCAAAAGUGCCUGGGGUGUGGAUAUAUGCUGCUGCAUGGGAGUUUGACCACAAUUUGAAUGCUGCAGCUGCUCGUGCUCUCAUGCAAAGAGGUUUGCGAGCUUGUCCAAAUUCUGAGGAUCUAUGGGUAGAAUACCUCCGCAUGGAGCUCACAUAUCUAAAUAAGUUAAAGGCUCGAAAGGUUGCUUUGGGAGAGGAUGAUGGAACAUUAGUGCGCAAUGCCAAAGAUAAUGCUGAGAUGCAAUGGAGAAAUGAGAACGGUGAACUUUUUAUGGGGCUUGACGACAAAAAUGCCGAUGAGAAGUCAAAUGAGGAUGUAGAUCUCCUUCGAAAACAAGGUUUGAGCAUUUUUCAAACAAUUUAUAGUGGGGCAAUUGAAGCGCACCCUUCCAGUUUUGGGUUAAGAAUUAGAUUUCUUGAGAUCCUAGAUGCAACAGACUUAGCUCAGUCAGAUAGUAUGCGGGAUGAGAUACUAGCAGACUUACAAAGGGACUUCUCAAAAGAACCAGAGUAUUGGGAUUGGCUUGCAAGACGGGAAAUUGCUGAUUUAAAAAAAAGUGUUGAGGUAUACGAGGAGGGUUUGAGGGUUCUGUCUUCGGUUCCUUUGUUCAACUUUUAUGUGAAGUUCUUAGUGGAUGCCAUCAGUCACAAAUUUUCAGACACCCAAACUUCAGCUGAUUCCGGUGAAUGUGGACAACUCACAGAUCCUGUUUUUCAUUUAUUGCGGGUAUAUGAAAAAGCAGAAAACUUGGGGUUGCUCUCUGAGGAUCUUGUUUGUCAGCAUGUUACCUUAUUAUUGGAGCUGAGGAAACUAGAUGAAGGAAAAAAAAUUUGUGAAAAGUUUUGCUCAGGAAUGUUUUCUUAUUCAGUGCCAUUGUGGACAUUGUAUAUUUCAAUCAACAUGAGAUGUCUAGAUAAGCCGAGCAAGGAUAAUUUGUCAUCCCUGUUUGAUCUCCUGAAAAAUGUCCUUACUGAGGUUGCCAGUUCAAAAUCUGAAGCCUUGUGGCUUAUGGCCUUCAAAUAUUUUGCUCAUCACAGAAGUUAUUUUGAGAAGCUAAUAGAAGUCUCCAUGGUUUCCUUGGCCAAACAUGGGGGAAGUGAUAAUGGAUUUUCCUUGUCUUCUACCAUUGUUGAUCAAGUCCUGCAGAGAGAUGGAAUCCAAAGGGCAAGAGAAAUAUAUAAACGAUUGCUGAAGUUGCCUCAUCCAGGGCUAGUUAUGUACAAGACCUGCGUUGAACUUGAGUCGAAUCUUGCAUCUGCUGGUAACAAAGAAUGUAUUGAAAAUGCUCGAAAAUUGUUUGAAUCUGCCAUCUCAACUUACAGCGGAGACUCCAAUUUGUGGAGUGAGUAUUACUCCAUGGAGCUCAAGAUGGGAACAUCCGAAAAAGCCGCAGCUGUUCUUUGGCGUGCAAGGAAGGUUCUCGGGUUCAACAUUGCAUUAUCUUCGCCAGAUUUGUAACCCUGCCAAUUGCCUUCUUUCUUCUAAUACGUGUGUAUAUGAAAAACUGUUGUAGCACAAGGGAAAAUCAGAUCAUUGCGAAAUUUUGUUUUCAUUAUUUGGGAAAGCAUGAUUUUUUUUGGAUACUCGGGAAAGGAUGAUGAGUUCUUUGGAAGUAAUUUAUGUGAUAGUUCACCUUGGGCA